AUGGGCGGACACACCUUUGAAUCGGACGGCUUGAAGACGCCCAGGAUCGCUACAGAUACAUACAACGUCCUAAAGAAAGAAUACAAAGACGCGCUCGCUCCGUUCUACCACCACACCGCGUAUGCGGAGAUCGCCCCAGACAAGCCCGACCAUGGCGAUGUCGACAUGCUUGUCGAAGCACCGCACCCAGACACAACUCCCGAACGCAUCGCCUCUACUCUCGGCGCGAAGAAUUUCAAACGCAACGGCGCCGUCACCAACUACGCCAUCCCGCACCCCACCGACCCGGACGCCUUCGUCCAACUCGACGUGCAGGAGAGCCCACCAGGCUACCUCCCCUGGCAGCUCUUUCUCACCUCCUACGGCGACCUCUCCCAGAUCCUCGGCGUCAUCAUCCGCCCGCUCGGCCUCACCUCAACGGACCGCGGCCUGCACGUGCGCAUCCCGGAGAUCGAGCCCACCAACAAGAAAGCCAGCAUGAUCCACCUCUCGCACGACCCCUCCGCCGUCCUCGCCUUCUUCGGCCUCGACGCCGCCCGCUACCACGCCGGCGCCUUCGCCCGCGAGGCCGACAUCUUCGCCUGGGUCGCCGCCUCCCGCCUCUUCGACCGCAACGCCGUCGUGCCCCGAGGCGGAAGCGGAAGCGGAAGCGCAGAACAACAACAACAGCAGCGUCCCCCGAGCGAAAACCACAACGACCGCGCCCGCCGCGCCAAGCGCGGCAUGUACCGCCGCUUCGUCGAAGAAUGGGUCCCCGCGCACCCGGAGGCCGGCGCCGACUGCGCGUGGUCGCGCGAGCGCGUGCUGGACGCGGCCCUAGAUGCAUUCGAGAAGCGCGCAGAGCACGACGAGCGCCUCGCGGCGCACCGGCUCGCGUGCCGCGAAGACGCGCUCUGGCGCGCCGUCAAGGCGACGGUGCCGCGCAAGGGGGACAGCUUGGCGCUCGUCGUCAGGGGGUUGAAGCGGUGGGUGAGCGUCGAGGAGGGCGUGCUCACCCUGCGCGACGAGCCGCUGGAUGACGUCGGGAGGGUGAGGCCGUGGCUAGAGAGGAUGGGUGGUGGGGAAGGAAGAGGAGGUGAGGAAGAGGUGUUGAGGUGGGUGGCGGAGAACUGGGUGGAUGUGCAGGCGAAGGAGAAGGCGUGGGCGGCGGCGAAGAAGGCGAAGGGGCUGGUGGGAUUGGGGUCGGGGUCGGGAUUGGAAUCGGACGCCACGCCGGAUUUGCAGGAGACGGAGGCGAAGAGGAUCCGUUUGGAUGAUGAUGAUGAUGCUGGCGUUCCGUUGGGCUAG